GACGCGUUGGCCGCGCGCCGCCGCCCUUGUCCGCGGAUGAGUCGCUGCGCGUGGCCGCUGCUGCGGCGGCUCCCGGCGCGCGCGGGGCUCGCGCUCCGGCAUGGCGGCGGCUCCGCGCCCCGCGCGCGCCCCGCCGCCUCCUCGGCAUCGUCCUCAGCCACCGGGGACGGCGGCGCCGCCCGCGCCCCCGACACCUCCCUCUUCGUGCCCGUGCCGCUCAAGCCCGGCCUCGGCGGCGCGGCCGAAGAAGACGUGGGCGCCGAGCUCACGCGGCCCCUCGACAAGGGUGAAGUCCUAAAAAACUUAAAUAAGUUCUACAAAAGAAAAGAAAUUCAAAGGCUAGGAGCUGAAAAUGGACUAGAUGCUCGCCUCUUUCACCAGGCAUUUAUAAGCUUUAGGAAGUAUAUCAUGGAAUCCAGUUCUGUGAGUGCUGAUUUGCAUAUUAUUCUCAAUGAUAUAUGCUGUGGUGCAGGUCACGUGGAUGAUCUGUUUCCGUUUUUCCUGAGGCACGCAAAGCAGAUCUUCCCAAUGCUGGACUGCAUGGAUGAUCUGCGCAAGAUCAGCGACCUGAGGCUGCCUCCCAACUGGUAUCCAGAUGCCAGGGCUAUUCAGAGAAAGAUAAUAUUCCAUGCUGGUCCUACAAACAGUGGAAAAACUUACCACGCUAUCCAGCGAUUUUUGUCAGCCAAAUCUGGAAUAUACUGCGGUCCACUAAAACUUCUGGCUCAUGAGAUCUUCCAAAAGAGUAAUGAUGCUAAUGUGCCCUGUGACCUGGUGACAGGAGAAGAGCGUGUGUUUGCCAACGAAGACUCCAGACAGGCUCCUCAUGUUGCUUGUACCAUUGAAAUGUGCAGCACUAAUACACCUUAUGAAGUUGCUGUGAUUGAUGAAAUUCAGAUGAUCAGAGAUCCUGCCAGAGGCUGGGCUUGGACAAGAGCCCUUCUAGGCCUCUGUGCAGAAGAAAUCCACGUUUGUGGAGAACCUGCUGCUAUUGACUUGGUGACAGAGCUCAUGUACACUACAGGGGAGGAAGUUGAAGUCCGAAACUACGAGCGACUGACUCCUCUGACUGUGCUGGAUUAUGCCUUGGAGUCCUUGGAUAACCUCCGUGCUGGGGACUGCAUUGUCUGUUUCAGCAAGAAUGACAUUUACUCCGUCAGCCGGCAGAUCGAAGCCAGAGGAUUAGAGUGUGCUGUCAUAUACGGCAGUCUGCCGCCAGGAACAAAGCUUGAACAGGCAAAGAAAUUCAAUGAUCCUGAUGAUCCGUGCAAAAUUUUAGUUGCUACAGAUGCAAUUGGAAUGGGACUCAAUUUGUGUAUAAGAAGAAUAAUUUUUAACUCCAUAGUAAAGCCGACUGUCAAUGAGAAGGGAGAGAAGGAAAUCGACUCCAUCACCACCUCGCAGGCCCUGCAGAUCGCGGGCAGGGCCGGGCGCUUCGGCUCCUCCUUCAAACAGGGGGAGGUCACCACCAUGCACCGCGACGACCUCGCGCAGCUCAAGGACAUUCUGAGCCAGGCUGUGCCCCCUGUCCAGGCAGCUGGCCUACAUCCUACUCCUGAGCAGAUAGAAAUGUUCGCUUAUCAUCUUCCUGAUGCCACUCUAUCCAACUUAAUUGAUAUUUUCGUGAGCCUCUCACAAGUGGAUGGGAUGUACUUUGUCUGCAAUAUUGAUGACUUUAAAUUUCUGGCAGAUAUGAUUCAGCACAUUCCACUCAAUCUGCGAUCACGAUACGUCUUCUGCACUGCACCCUUGAACAGAAAAGAGCCUUUUGUGUGUACCACUUUGUUGAAGUUUGCGCGACAGUUCAGUAGAAACGAGCCUCUGACGUUCGACUGGCUCUGCCGGCACACCAAGUGGCCCUUAGCUGCUCCAAAAACCAUCAAGGAACUUGUACACCUUGAAGCUGUGCAUGAUGUUUUUGACCUCUAUCUGUGGUUGAGUUACCGCUUCAUGGAUAUGUUCCCUGACGCUGUCCUUGUAAGGGAUAUCCAGAAGAAACUAGAUGACAUUAUACAAAUUGGUGUCUGCAACAUCACAAAGCUGAUCCGAGCUUCCCAGUCUGCAGCUGCUCCUGGCACAGCUGAGGUCGUGUCAGAAGAUUUUCCUCUCUCAAGGACUCAGAGGGACGCCAGGGUGGCGUCAGACCGUCACGGUGCAGCCUCCACAGAGGCACUGUCCAUUGCAGUGGAGGCUGCAGGGCUGAGAAGAGCCAAGAUGAGACCCUCUCGGCUGGGUGGCAGGCAGGAGGAUCUGAAAAGCUAUGGACGUGGAUCUCUUGCCAACAGACUGCUGCGGGAGGGACUUCUGACACAGGAAAUGCUGAGACAGCUGGAGAGUGAGUGGCAGGAUCAGCACAGGAAUGGUAGAUAUGGCUUGGGUUCAAAAAGAGAUGAUCAGCAUAGUUCAAAGGAAACGAGAAAAAAGAGAAAAUAGAACCAUGCCCUAAUUCUGUUUAGUUUUUAUUCAUAAAAUAAAAUACUAUUUUAAUAACUUCUUUGGCAUUUCAUGUUUACACUGCUGCAGCUCCUUGAUGCUUUUCCUUGUCCUGUGACCAGUAAUGUGAAGCACUCAGAGAACUGGACUCCUAAAAGCUCAGAGGCCAUAAGUUUGUUUUAACCACUUAGCUGUACACUCCUUCAAUCAUGGUGUUCAGCAUCAGUGUAUGAUCUACUGCUGUGUGAAAAUUUGAACUUGCUGUCUUCUUGCAAGAUAUCCUCUCAUCAUCAAUAAAUGUCAGAAAUUUCACUAGUAA